AUGUCUCAUGGACGCCCUCUGCAAGCCAGCCUGGGAGUCGGGCAUGGUGUUGGCUUUGCAGUCGAGGCUGGUCUGGCCUCUCACCUCUGUAUAAAGCCUCCAUCUGCCUCCUGGUCCCCGUCGUACGUGCCUCGGUCUCUGUGCUGGGCUGCCGGCUCUCUCGUGCAGCCCCUCCCGGGGCUAACUUCCAUCAGGACACAUCACCCCGAGCCUUCACGUGUCCAGGCUGUGUUUGCGUUGUACCGUCUCUCCUCAGCUCGCCCUCUCCUGCAGUGUCGUCUGGACACAUGGACUCUGAAUGUAACAUCGGGCGCAUCCAGCAUUCGUGCCCGGAGAAUCGCACGGACAGAGGAGCCGGGCGUGCUGCAGUCCACGGGGCCGUAA